GUCUCCUAAAAAAAGCUUAUUCAUCUCUCUCUCAGCUUGCUAAUGGCUCAACAGGAAGCAGAUGUUUUCCUCAAAUUCGACGUCGUUUCAGACGCAUCAGACCACUAUUUCUUCAAAUCAUUCAACAACAUAUCCAAUAAAGUCCACAAAAAAAUCAUGCAAGAAUGGAAAAUCCUAGAAAAAGACCUACCGGACUCAAUCUACGUCCGAGUGUACGAGAAUCGCAUCGAUUUACUACGGGCCGUGAUCAUCGGAGCCGCAGGUACACCGUACCACGACGGACUCUACUUUUUCGACAUUGCUUUUCCAUUCGAUUAUCCACUAAAACCGCCGCUUCUUUACUACAACUCAUUCGGGUUACGAAUUAACCCGAAUCUUUACAGCAGCGGGCGCGUUUGUCUAAGCCUAGUGAACACGUGGUACGGUAAAAAGAUCGAGAAAUGGAACCCUAACGAGUCAACCCUGCUUCAGGUUUUGCUUUCUAUCCAAGCUCUAGUUUUGAACGAGAAGCCGUAUUAUAACGAACCGGGUCAUAACAUGCGGCCGGGUCGGGUUAUUGUGGAAAAGAAAUCGAAUCUUUACAGUGAGGAUGUAUUUGUGUUAGCUUGUAAGACAAUGCUGUUUAAUUUACGUAGGCCACCAAAGAAUUUUGAAGGGUUUGUUCGUAGCCAUUUUAGAGAGCGGGCUUCUAUUAUAUUGUCUGCUUGUAAUGCUUAUGUUAAUGGCGGAAUUAGAAUUGGGUAUUAUAAUUAUUCGGGUUCCGGUAUUGCUACUACUGAAGUGUCGUGUGAUUUCAAGGCAAAAGUUGCUCAGUUAUAUCCGCAAAUGGCGUCGGCUUUUAUUAACAGUGGGGCUUCAUUGGAGAGUUCGAGACGGAUUUUGACGGUGGAGGUGAAAACGGCGCCGUUUAAGGAACCGGUGGUGAUGGCGAAAAAGAAGAGUGGGAUUGUUACGAGGGUUUUUGGCAAAUUAAAGAAGGUUUUAGGGUUGAAGGAAAAAAGUGGGAAGAAUAGUGUCGUAAAGAAGACUACUUAGUACAGCUUUCGUAAGGUAAAUUCGAGGGUAGAAUUAAUUUUCAGGGAUGUUUUGGGAUUGCUUUUUUUGUGUUAAUAUUUAAUUUGUUUUAGGUUAUUUUUCUGAAUUAUUUAAUGAAAGAGUAUUUAUUUGUUUA